CCGGCUCUCCGCGGACCACCUACCACCACCGUCGUAGCCGCGUCAAAUUGGCUCCCCGCAGAGGAAUCAUCGCCUCAAGACAGCGUAAAGACAACAUGACCGGCCAACAGCAGGAGAAGUGGCAGCAGGUUGCCGAGCUAAUCCAACGGCUGGGGCUGGUAUCCGGUGGCCAGGAUGAGCCACGAAUAGCCGCCCAGGUCGCGAGGAUGACUACCCGCCAACUCCUGCAGGACCCAGUGCGGGCGGCCAUCUACAACCGGGGCUGGGCGGACCGUACGACGGACAUUCAGCGGAGGUUGCGGCCACACCGACCACCAUCAACGUCAACACCCGGCAGCCGCACACCGUCCUUGACAAGGCCACCACCCCCAGCAACGACACCUGCCCCCGUAACACCUGCGGAGCCGGCACCGGUACCCAGGCCAACGGGGGUACUCCCCGGCCCAACGGGAAGGGUGAGGACGGAGGCGCAGCAGGCAAGGAACCGCCGGAAAUUCCAACAGCUGAAGGAGAAGAGGAAGGCCAGGGAAAGCGAGGCAAGCCAACAACGUCGGCUUGCCAAGCAACCCGCGCCAACCUCAGAACCGGAAGCAGCCGGCACGCCUCCGACCAACCCUACACCGAUGGAGGUUGACAAACCGGCCUCCAAGGACGGCAAGUCCGAGGAGCCGGGACAACCCACCAGCCAGGAGUCGCCAGACCAAUCGGAGUCCACGGUAGAAAUUACCGAGACAGAUUGGCUGGUGGCGUUCGAGGGGAUGCCAGAUUUGGACGAGCACCACUCGUACUACACUCCGGUAGGGUCCCCAAAACACCUUCAAUAA